AUGGUGGCUGUUCAUCCAUCCACAGGCGACAUUAUAUAUGACGCAUUUGAAGACACCUACAUGCGCAACGAGCUAGAGACUCGGCUACUUCAUAUUGAGCCUGUAGAGAUGUUGGUACCCACCAGUCUUAGUCAACCAACCGAAAAGUUAAUGCAUUAUCUAUCCCUACAAAAAUCGACUUCGUUUGGACAAGAGUCUGUGCGUAUUGAGCGUAUGCCUGUUAUGGAUACUUUGUGUACAGAUUAUAAUGCAUCCUUGACUUUUGUCACUGAUUUUUAUGCAACGACACCUUAUUUAACACACAUCAUUGAACUACCAAGCGUUGUAGUUAAAGCACUUGCUGCUCUUGUUCGCUACUUGAAAGAGUUUCAGUUGUCAGAUAUUCUCAAAUCUGCCAAGUUUUUCUCUCAUUUUGUAUCCAAGAGUCAUAUGCUUCUGAACGGCAACACAUUGGUCAAUCUUGAGGUCUACCGUAACAAUACUGAUUUUACAGAAAAGGGGUCCUUGUUCUCAGUCUUGAAUCAUACUAAAACGAAAUUUGGACAACGUCUGUUAAAGAAAUGGAUUGGUAGACCAUUGAUUGAUAUCAGGCAAUCAUUAUGUCCUAAUCAAUACAAAAAUAGCAAAUUGAAUGAACGUAUGAAUGCUAUUGAAGAAAUUAUAUCGACAACAAACUCAAAAAAGAAUCUGCUUCUAUCUACUUUUCGUCAAUUACCUGAUCUUGAAAAAGGAUUAUGCCGAAUUCAUUAUGGAAAAUCAACACCCAUAGAAUUAGUCCAAGUGUUGGAUGGAUUUGUCAAGGUGUCCACUGCUUUUCACCAUGUCAAUAAUAUUGAGUUUAAAUCAAGAUUACUAAAUCAACUCUUUGGUCGACUUCCUACAGUUCAAUCUAUUGUAUCCGAGUUUCGAUCCGCCGUUCAACCUACCAAAGACAAGGUUCAUUUUUUCCUGUCAGAAGAGAGAUGGCCUGAGAUUCCUCGAGAAAAAAACAACAUAAAGUCUAUUGAACAUAUACUACAGGAACAUUUAGCAGAACAAAAGACAGCCACCGGUCUUGAAGAUCAUUUGAAGUUUGUUACGGUAGCAGGUAUUGACUAUUUGUUUGAAGUAUCAAAUGCCAAAACAAAAAGUGUACCUCAGGACUGGAUCAAAAUAAGCGGAACAAAGACUGUCAGUAGAUACCAUGACAAGUUUAUUAUCCAAAAAUUAAAGGAGCAUGAACAACAUCGAGAAAUGCUGGCUUUAUGCGCUGACAAGGCUUACAAAAGCUUUCUUGUUGAUAUUGCACAACAUUAUGAAGAUUUGCGUGAUGUUGUGUCUUGUCUAGCUCAAUUGGAUUGUUUGCUGUCAUUGAGCAUCACCGCAAGUCAAACAGAUUAUGUCAAACCAACGUUGGUUCAAACACAUGAACCUUACAUGGAUGUCAUUGAAGCUCGACAUCCUAUCAUUGAACACCUUACAUCCAACUAUGUAUCGAAUGACAUUCAACUGGGCCAUCCACACAAGACAUUAAUUUUGACUGGACCUAAUAUGGGCGGUAAAAGUUCUUAUGUUCGUCAGAUUGGAUUGAUUGCCAUGAUGGCACAAAUAGGAUCCUAUGUACCUGCCAAAAGUGCAACCCUGGGGAUGCUGGAUGCCAUCUAUACACGUAUGGGAGCAUCUGAUAAUAUGAUGCGCGGUGAAAGUACGUUUAUGGUCGAACUAAACGAAACAUCCGACAUGAUGCGACAUGCUACUUCACGAUCCUUGGUGAUCUUAGACGAAUUAGGAAGAGGCACAAGCACACAUGAUGGACAAGCCAUUGCGUAUGCUGUACUCAAGUAUUUUGUUGAUUUGGGUUCAUUAGCGUUGUUUGUCACGCAUUAUCCAUCUUUAGGUAAUAUGUCGCAAGAGUUUCCCGACAAAGUCAAGAAUGGUUUUAUGGGUUUUUUAGAGGAAGAAGGACAAGAUGGUAAUAGAGAAGGAAUGUUUUCAAUGUUUAAUGCUUGUUAG